AUCUGGUCGGGUUGGGCAAAAUCCAACUAGAAAAAGGGCAUAAAGAAGACAUCUGAUCAACCCGACCCGUUAUAACCUCUUUGUUGGCCGCGUUAUAUGUUCGCACGCGGCCAUCACACAAAGAACAUACAUUUUAAAAAAAUAUCCACAAGAUUCAAAAGCUUAAAGCUUUGAUAAUCUCUUAAAGAGGUGUUAGUAAAACCAGAAAGAAAAACCCAUAUUUCUUUGCAGCAUCCACAAGCCACAUCUUCAUAACACAUUAGCUUCCGGUCACUCUGCUUUAUAUACACAUCAAGUGAGAAAUAGAAAGAAGAAACAAAUGGUGAGAAGAAGAGAAAAUCUUACAUUGCCAAUCUUAAGACCGGCGCUUCCCGAGGUCAGAACAACAGCAACAACGCCGGUGGCUUCACAGAAACCGAAACAACGAUUAUCAAAACAACUAUCUAUGUGCGAGACACCACGAGACAUUGCUUGGGAAAGAAGAAGACGUCAGAUGAUAAUGAUUCAGGAGAAGAAGCUGCUUCAUAAAGGCGUUUCAGACAAUCUUAUUGAACAGUCGAAACUAACAGAUGAGGAUUUAAACGAGCUAAAAGGAUCCAUUGAGCUUGGUUUCGGGUUCAAUGAAGAAGCAGGACAAAAGCUCUGCAAUACUUUACCAGCUCUUGAUCUUUACUUUGCAGUGAAUCGUCAGCUCUCGCCUCUCCCUUCACCUAGCAGCAGCCGUAGCAGCAGCGCAUCUGCAUCAGUUUUCUCGAACAGUAUGCCAGGUAGCCCGAAGAAAACUGAUUCAGAUUCAUUAAAGAUCUUAUGCCCAGGGGACGAUCCUCAACAAGUAAAGCAGAGAUUGAGACAUUGGGCACAAGCAGUUGCAUGCUCUGUGAUGCAGACUUAUUGAUAAGUGUAUAUGUGAUUGUAAGCUUCAAUCACUCAGAUUUUCUUUUGAGAGAUAGGAAGAAAAUAAUCCUUUUAUUAGGAUUCUGAAGAAACAAAGAAGCAAAAAAAAAAGAGAGAAAAUUUUGGGAGAAAG